AUGGAGGAGUUUCGCCAAUCCAUGAAGGAUUUUCACCAAGAGGUAAAUCUCCAAUUUGAUAAUCUUGAAAAGAAAAUGGAUAAGUUUGAAAACAACAUGGAUCGAUGGUUUGGUAAGUUGGAUGACUGUGUUUCUGAUUUUAGUAUGCCAAUACAUAGAGCCACUUAUGAUUUUGAUGUGUUUAAAUCUGAAACCAUGUCUGUUGCGUGCGAUGAUUUAAUGGUUGAUCGACUAGCCAUGGUCAACCAAAUUCCAUCGAUGAGCCUGGCUACGACACUGUUGCCAGAAGCAAGGAAUCCCAAUGUGUCUUUUCCAGUGAACAAUAUUGGUCUUAAGGACACACAAGUUGGAGGUGGCUUGCAGAAGCCACUACAAAGAGGUCAGUAUCAACAUAUUUCUAAUAAGAAUGAAAAUAAGAAUCAGGGUGGACAAUCUGUUUACAAUCCCGUUGAGCAUAGCAAGCUCGCGUAUGAUGGGUUGUCCAAGCAACAUCGCAAUGGGAUUCAAUCUAAGCCGUUAGGGGGGCAUGAGAUCCCACCGCAUGGCCGGUUCAAAGAAAAACAACACCGUAAGUGGCAAAUAAGUUUGCCACAUCCACCCCAUUCUAUGAAAAAUCAAACUAGGAUAACCACAAACACUACUAAAGAUGGAGGUGGUGACCACGUGAAAAACUCUAAUGCCACCAAAGUGGGCAUGGAUCAACAGAACCCUCAUUGUAAUUUGUCCCCAAAGCCUCCACUGAGUGGACAGGGGGGCAAGUUCAAUCAACCCCAACAUGGAGUUGCCACACCAAUACUGGCUGGGAACAAGUCUUCCAUGAUUUUCGGGCAGGGGGGCAAGUUAAAUGCCCGAAAAAUUUCAAACUCACGUGAAAAUUCAAAAGAUACCAAGUGGUUCUGUGAUAAGUGCAUUAAUCAAAAUAACCACAUGGCUGUUGGUGAAGCUCGUAAGCCUCAAACUCAACAACGUCGUUAUUGUGUGCAGCUCACAAAACAAGAUCAGUCUGGGCAAGCGAUGUCACAUGGUCGAUUUGACAGGACAAAGUCGUUAAAAACUUCAAGGUCCCGCCACGAGUAA